AUGGGAUAUUACCUUGUUGAUGGUAUAUACCCCAGCUAUGGCAACCUUGUGGCAGCACCCAAACAGGCUACCACAAUAAAGGAAAAGUACUUUUGCACCCAACAGGAAGCCUGUAGAAAAGAUAUGAAAAGAGCUUUCGCAGAAGAUGAACGUGGGGUGCAUGGGUUAGAGAAUCUGUCUCCUUACCACCCGGAAGACAUUGCAACGAUCAGCAGAGACACAGACAUUGAUGUCUUUAAUGCUUUAUUUGAAAGACGGAGAGAAAUCAGGAACAAAGAUUCGUCUCUUCAAUUAAGACAAGACCCGAUAAACCACCACUGGGACAUCAAAGGCAAUGAAUAA